AUGUCGCGACUUAAGAAGGUUCUGCCUAUACUCUCCUCUCAUACCUCCUCCAUCACUUUGGCACCCGACCUGGCAUGGUCACCCGUCGGGACUCAUGAUCUCCUCGCAGAGCUUGAGAGUCUAUACUGGGAAGGCGUCAAAGCCGAGCUUGAAAACAUAGUCCGGACCCUCAAAGCAUGGCAGCAGCCCGAGUGCUCCGACGUCUCGGUCAGCGACGAGGACGACACCCAUAUCCACGGUUUCGACACGUUCCUUGAUCAGGUCAGCCAGGAGGCUCGGGCCUUUGCUAAACGAUAUGGAAACCUGAGAGAGAAUCAGCUUCGAGGGAAGAUUGCCGGUCCCCUUGACCGUGCCCCAUCGGAUAGGGCUGUCUUUAUGGAUGUGGUAGAGAACCAGUUUGCGGAAUAUGCGAGCAGCAAGAUCAGGUCUGCUGUCAGAAAAUCAAUCAAGAGCGUGCCCAAACUCAAGGGGAUGGAGCAGAGGGCUUGGGUUCUCCUCCAGGCUGCUGGUUUCCUGGAUAUGGAAAAGCUGGUCGAACAUCGCCCACCGCUUGAUGAUGUUGGGUUCUGGAAGAGGCCAGCCAUUCCCCAACUGGCCUUGCACGGAUUCAAUAAAGACUGGAGACCCAGCUUUCAGUCACUUCGCUGUAAGAGGCAAGGCUGCAACGGCAUUAUCCGCGGGAGCAUGUUUGUCUGCCAGGACAAGAGCGAGCCCAGCGUCGUCUGCGAGGAAUGCUACCGUAGUCAUUACUACGGGAAGGAGAACUACACCAAAACUUACAAGCACUGCGUCUUGACCGAGUCUAUCACGCCCGAGAUAAGCAGAGACAUGUGCCAUUGCGAAGGAGUGCCUCACGAAGACGACAAAGGGCAACCCUUGAGUCUCUUCCCAGUCCCCAAGAAGGCAUUCCAUUUGAAACAUACUAUCCCACCCUGUAACCUCGUUGACUUGGGGGAUCAGGUUGCUCUGGCCAAGUACCAGGGUCUGCAGACAGCCCUGGGGGGCAAAGAAAAGGUAGAGAAGCAACGGAGAGAGUUGACCAAGGUCGAACUGCCCAACGGCAAAAAGUCCAAGUCGGAGGAAUUGAGAAAGAUGCUCGGCCGUGGACGUGCCCAAAGCCGAUCUGCCUCGUCGAGUACUACGAGUGUGGUGACUGAGCCGCAGGCUGACGAAGACAUCCCUCUGCUCUUCAGGAGAUACACGGAGAAGUACCCGUAUGGGAAUGUGCACAUGGCUCUCCGCGUUGGCCCUCUUGUCAUUGAGAAUGGAGUUUCCCAUACUAAAGGAGGUGCUCUUGUGUCGGUUCGGGAGAUGCCCAUCUUCCACGAGCGUUUUCAUCUACAGACGCUUCCCCAGAGAGACCUUGCCAUCGAUGGAGGUUCCGACCGUAGACUCUGGCAGCGCAAGCGGCAUGUUAAUGCCCCUAAGAGAUACAAGGCCAUGAUGAAGCAGGUAGUGGGCGCCCCCUUCAGUGGUGUCCUUCCUCACGACGAAGAGCUUCAAGUUGUCAAGGACAUCAUCGCCGCGAGUCAACUGUCAUUCGACGACCCCGGCCUCCCGACAGCAGAUCAAAUCCAGAUCCUCUCUUCAGACAUUCAGCCAGCCCUGGAGAAGCUCAAGGUACUUCUCGAGAGCAGGGUCAAGAAGUAUCUCAGCAGCAUCGCAGAGCGUCUCCUCGAUAAGAACGUCGCUCUUGCUUGGAGCGCAACACAUAACAACUGUCAGACGUUUUGUGAUUCUCUCAUCGACCAGAGCCUCUUCAAACCUCUGCUGAACGGUCCUGCUACGGGGCUUGACGCUGGAGCCUAUCCUCUCUACAGCAUGAGUUUCAUGUGUCCGGACGAGGGCUACAGACAACGCGGCGUUCGCACAAAGUACGAUGUCCCGUUUGGACUCACAGAGGAGUACCUCCUACGCUUCCACUUUGGGCGGCAUGACGAUGCCGACAUAAUCGACACUUACCAAGAGUACUGGUAUGACUGGGGAGCAUUUGGUGGGACUCUGUAUAAAUACCAGGACUUGUUCCCCUGGGACUGCACUGAGGCGUACGAGAGAUAUCCCACAAAGUGCGGUGGCUGUAACCUCGCCAAGCAUGUCUGGGCAUUCCCCUUUGACUCUUGGUCCAUGGCCUCUCUUCACCUAUCACGAGAUCGUCACAUGUAUGCGCCUGCAACAACAGACAAGGACAUGACGGCGGUGGGCGAAGGAGCUAGUACAAGCUCAUGGAUGAGGAAUCGACUCACGGUCCUCUCUGCAACGUCGAUCCUCAACCGAGCUGCUACGGCGAUGGCUCGCACUCGUGAGCUCCAAAAGGCCACUGCAUGGCUCCACGACAGUGAGUUGCGGCCGGACCUAGACCCGUCCCUGAUACGCGUCAAGCUGGGAGGUAUCCACCGAGCCCAGCCCUUCAGCCACCACUUCGAAGCCGGUACCUACAAGCACUUUUUCGUGGCUCCUUGGACAAUACGGCCGAGACAAGAGCAGGUUGAGAAUUACGAGAAUCUGCGUGACCAACGAGCCGCCAUGGCGGAUGUCCCAGUGCGGGCCUUCAACUCUCGCUACCCACUGAGCACGACGCCUGAAGAGACGCCCUAUAGGGGAUUUGAGGGCUUCUGGGCGCUCGACGACCAAACAGGAGGGGAGUCCAUGUGGAAAUCGGACAACGGGAACGCCAAGUGCAUCAAGGAAGAGGUAUCAUGUAAAAACGUGCCCAUGGACGACGUCAAGCCUAAUGAUUGCUUCUCAGACUCGCACAUCGCUCCGACAGGUGUCAAACCUCCCAUCGUUACCUGCGGAGGAGGAUGCGGAAGUUCCUCGCCCAGGGCGGCGGAUUGUGCGAGCGCCGAGACCAUCAAGGCUGCUGCUGCUGAGGAGGCGUCGUAUAAUCACUCGAGCAGCGGAGGUGGAGGAACGACUUCUAGCUGUGGAGGAGGAAGUUCGAGUUGUGGAGGGGGAGGGAGUUCAAGUUGUGGGGGUGGUAGUAGUUGCGGCGGUGGUUCAGGCUGGUAG